CAGGGGUGUGGCCUGAUCAUGAAGUCUAUCACUGAGUGAUAUCUUUUAUCUCCCUGAAUAGAUUACAGGAAAUUUACACAUGUUUCUGUGGAUGAUAGCUCUUCUCAUCAGAAUAACCAAUAUGCAGAGCGGGGGAGGCGUCACCAACGCCACUGCCAUCACUUCCUCAGUCAUGCCAAAGCACGAGUUCUCCGUGGACAUGACCUGUGAAGGCUGCUCUAAUGCAGUCACUCAGGUUCUCAAUGAGCUGGGAGGAGUUCAGUUUGACAUUGACCUGCCCAACAAGAAGGUCUGCAUCAACUCUGAGCACAGCGUGGACACUCUGCUGGAGACCCUGGGGAAAACAGGAAAGGCUGUUUCCUACCCUGGCUCCAAGUAG